CUAGGGGUGCCGUCUGCGCAUGCGCGUCCGCAGCAGUGGCGCCGUGAGGUUCGGUGCUUCGCCAGCUAACCGGUCGGCCAGCGGAGCGCCGCUUGUCGCUCGUUAUCUCACCCCGAGGACACGGUGCGGACGGGCCACGGCUGACGGGAGACCGCGGUCGGGUGACAGUUUCAGAAAAACCGACGACACUGUUGGGUGUUUUUCCACACGCUGGCCUAGCCUAGGCUAAGUGAGAAUGCUGAGGAUGAAGCUGCGAUAUGGAAAAAGGUGGACCUGCCUGCUGCUGCUCUGUCUAGCCACAGUCAUCUUUGCACAGGAGGAUGAGGAGGAGGCAUUAGUUGAGGACUCCAGCGAGGCUGAAGAAGAGAUGGCAGAGAUUGACUCUGAUGUUUCUUUCCAGAUCACAUAUAAGACCCCUGUACCUACAGGAGAUGUAUACUUUGCAGAGACAUUUGAUAAAGGCACUCUAGAUGGGUGGCAGCUGUCCAAAACAAUGAAAGAGGAUGCAGAAGAUGACAUAGCAAAAUAUGACGGCAAGUGGGAGGUGGAACCUCUGAAGGAGAACAAGGUCCCUGGAGACAUGGGGCUGGUGUUGAAAUCCCGAGCAAAGCACCAUGCCAUUGCGGCCUGGCUGAAGAAGCCCUUCAUUUUCCAGGAUAAACCCCUGAUUGUCCAGUACGAGGUCAAUUUUCAGAAUGGAAUUGACUGUGGUGGGGCUUACAUAAAACUUCUGUCAGCAGCAGACAAUUUAGAUUUGGAGCAGUUCAACGACCGAACUCCAUACUCCAUCAUGUUUGGCCCAGACAAGUGUGGUGAAGACUACAAGCUACACUUUAUCUUCAGACACAAGAAUCCAAAGAAUGGGGACAUUGAGGAAAAGCAUGCAAAGCGACCUGAUGUGGACCUGAAGAAGUUUUACACUGACAGAAAGACCCAUUUGUUCACCUUGGUGCUUAGCCCAGAUAACAGCUAUGAGGUCUUCAUUGACCAGUCAAGUGUGAGCAAAGGCAGUCUCCUCUCAGAUGUGGUGCCUCCAGUGAACCCACCAAAAGAGAUAGAUGACCCCAAUGAUGAAAAGCCAGAGGACUGGGAUGAGCGGGCCAGAAUCCCUGACCCAGAGGCUGCGAAACCUGAUGACUGGGACGAGGAGGCACCAGCCAAGAUCCCCGAUCCAGAGGUGUUCAAACCAGAAGGUUGGCUGGACGAUGAGCCUGAGUUAGUCCCUGAUCCCAAGGCCAAAAAGCCUGAGGACUGGGAUGAGGAGAUGGAUGGAGAGUGGGAGGCCCCUCAGGUGCCCAACCCUGUCUGUGAGACAGCCCCUGGUUGUGGAGAAUGGAAGCCACCUAUGAUCAACAAUCCUGUGUACAAGGGAAAGUGGAAGGCACCUCUCAUCGAUAACCCCAACUACCAGGGAAUCUGGACCCCACGCAAAAUUCCAAAUCCAGACUACUUUGAAGACCUCCACCCUUUCAGAAUGACAACAUUCAAUGCUGUUGGCCUUGAGCUUUGGUCCAUGACCUCUGACAUCUACUUCGACAACUUCGUCAUCACUGAGGACAAGGAGGUGGCUGACCGCUGGGCCUCAGAUGGCUGGGGGCUGAAGAGGCUGGUUGCUAGUGCCAACGAGCCGGGUGUGUUCACCCAGCUGACCAUGGCAGCAGAGGAGCGUCCCUGGCUGUGGGUCAUCUACAUCCUUACAGUGGCCCUUCCUGUGGGUUUGCUGGUGCUCUUCUGCUGGCCCAGGAAAUCGGAUUAUGACUAUGCACACAAGAAGGUGGAUUCACCUUGUUCUCAGGAGGAUGAAGAUGCAGAUGAAGAAGAUGAAGGUGUAGUAGAGCAGGAAGCAGAGGCUGAAAAGGCUCAUGACAUUGGAGCAGAAGAGGAAGAAGGGAAUCAAGAAGAGUUAGAAAAUGGAGAAGUUGGGGAGGAGAGUCAGGAAGAGGGAGAGAUAGAAGAUGAAUGCAAGUCCAGUGAGACCCCAUUCAAUGAUGAGAUGAAGGACACAGAUGAGGGCAGCCAGGGCACCGGGGAAGGGCCAAAGCAGACAGUGAGUAGGAGGCGAGUGCGGAAGGACUGAGAGCUAACAGUAGACUGACUCCAUCCUCUCAGCCUGUGACGACAUUCCCACUGCGGUGCAUCCCUCAGCAUGCAGGCUGUCCAGUCCGUGAUUGACGUGGCUGGCCUAACUCCACUUCUCCCUCUCCGUGUCUGGCCCCUCCCCUUGGUCGACCCUUCCAACUUUCUGGCUCCACCCCUCUUGCAUUUAGUCUUCCUUUUCAGCCAUAGUUAUUUACUGUUGCUGUUGGAAAGUUUAUAUACAAGUUAACUGCUGGUGUUAAGUGUUACAGACCCAUCCCAGGUAUAUUUGCCAAUAAUGCUACUGUUUAGAGUGAAUAUGUUGAAAGUAUGUUUAUUAUUUAUUAAAUAGGUCUGGUAUGCACUGAAAAGCAAAGAUGCACUCAAAUGUAUCAUUCUCUUAGUUUUUUGUUUUCUUCCACCGAUACAACAAAGCAGUUCAGGUAAAGUUAGGGUGGUUUUCUACGAGUAGCUAGGCUUUGACCACUUGUGAGCUGAGGCCUCUUGCGGGAGCGAGAGCACAAGAAAGUCUAUCUGGCCACCAGUAGAUGUUCCCGUGGGACCUUGGCCUGGCCUCUGAUGGCAGUGCUCCUUCCUGUGUCUCCAAAGAGGGAUGUCAUCCCAGAAUGCCCUGUAAGAAAGACCCCCAUCCUUCUCCAAGCUCAAAGAGGCUCCUGUGUAGAAGGCCUGCCACACCCACCAUUUCCGAGCAGAGGCCUUCUUCCUAGGCCAUUAAUGCCAAGGCGCAGGACGCCGACAGACGCAACACUGAUCGACUGCAUCCUUUGUCUGGAAUCAUCCAUGCCGAAUGGACUGGCUGGGCAGGAUAGCAGCCCCGCUCUCCUGGGAGGUCUUCCCCUGCAGGUCUGUCCUCUGCUAUGUUUCUCCACCUCAGACAGGUGGCUGCUCUGUUUGGGCCCCUGUCAAUCAUUUCUGAGCGCACACCUUCCACCUCUUUUCUGAAGAUACUGUCAAGGGCCUGAGUUUAGAUCUUUCACCAAGCCGGCUGAGAGUUUUCUGCUGACAAUCAUCAAUAAUAUGGCUUGUAAUGACUCGGAGAUGGGUUGGCGUUCGACUUCGUGGCAGUUGUUGAGUCAAACGCUGGUGAUGGGAAAUGGAACGGGCUGUUUUCCAGUUGCACUGGCCUACUAGCUGGGCCUCUGAAUCCCGGGAAAGCGGUGGCCAGAGAUGGCGAGGGACGCAGCCUGAGUUUCAGUAUUACGGCCUGGCAUUUUAUAUCCCUGUAUCUCAGUGCAUUGAACUCACCAUCUCCAUGACUGAUAUAUUUAACGGGUAAAACACAUUACAAAUCAAAUGAUAACGAGGCCAUGAGAUGAGGCCACGUUCUGUGCUUUACCUAUCCAGUAGCACUUACUUUUGCAACAUGCUGCAAAAUAUGACACAUGAAGAAAAAAUAAAUUAUAAGCAUUACUAAAAAUGAAAGAAUAUAAUGACAAUAUUUUCAAAAGUGUCUUUGUU